AAUCAAUUGAACCAGUGUCCCGGUUCAGUAUCAUCCAAUCAGGGUGAAAUACAACAAUCAUAUAAUUUGGGUUUCCAACCUAUACAUGAUUUGGGCUUGUAAAACUCGUGGCCCACACGCCUCCCCUCACCGAAGGCUACCCACAGAGAUUGAAAAUCCCUAAUUUACCUUUUUCAUAUAUCUCUAGUUGUGUGUUUCCACCUAAGUGUCAAAACAUGUCAGGAAGAGGACAUAGCAUCGAGACAAAGACAUGCAUAUACUGGAACUUGGAGGAUUGCCCAAUCCCUGAAGGUCUGAACCCUGAUUUGAUUUAUGAGAAUAUCAAAUCAGCUCUUGAGAGUAAGGGUUAUGAUGUUGGUGGUGGUGACAUGUCAAUCAAUGCUUAUGCUGAUAAGAAAACAUUCUCUGAUGAAUUGCUCGAUAGAUAUGGAAUCAACCAAGUUCAAUUUCGUGGUGGACGUAAAGCUGACAGAGAGUUUCAAAUGUUAUGGGACUGUCUUUUGUGGAGGGUCGACAAUCAUCCAGAAGAAGCAAAUAUUAUGUUCAUCUUAAAUCUCUCUGACGACAGUGAGUUUAUCAAUUCACCUGACCACCAUGAGUUCUUAAAGAUUCUUGAAUCUUUGAAGUCGAGAGAUCACAAUGUCAUCAUAGCACAGCCGGGUGAAGUGGUUGCGUUACAAUUACUUCUUGCUACAAGUUCGGUAUGGCUUUCAACAAGUCUGUUGUCUGAAGGAAACCCUCUCGUCCUAACCCCAAGCUUUGAUUGCUUCGAUUCGGCGGAAGAUAUGGAGAAGGUUUUGGGUAUGGAUAGAUUGAUGAUCGAGCUUCGGUCACGAGGAAUGAAAUGUGGAGGGACGUUGCAGGAGUGCGCUGCAAGGCUCUUUUUACUUAAAUCAACACCACUCGAUAAGCUCCCAAAGCAACAUUUCAAGAAAAAGAAGAACGAACAGAAGAAGAAGACAAGAACUAGGUGUGACGCUGACUAAAUAAACCAAUUGGAAAACUAUAUUCUGUGUCAUCUUGUUUGUUAUUUUCUUUGAAUAAAAGUGUGCUUAAUAGAAUAUAAAGAUAAAACAUACUGAAAUGACGACCUUUGUUUUCCAGCACCAUUCAUAUAUUAUAUCAAAUUCGAAUUUGUUAA